AUGGAGCAAGGACGCCCACAGCUCGAGGAGCCGCUUCUGGCCGAGGGAGAUGCAGCAGCAGCCGUGGGAGCUUCCAGUCCGAGCGCCCGAGCCGCGGGAGACGCGAGCUUGGACACGCCACAGCGCAGCAAGAGGGGACAAAGCCAACCGUCCGACCUGUUUGCCGACCUGAGCCAGCACAAAGAACUCGACGAUUAUCUACAGAGACCGUCGGCGCCUGUGAGCAUGGCCGCGGACAAGUCGCCGACUGAGAGAGCUGCCAGUCCGUGGCUCGACUGUCGCACUUAUACGCCGACGACGACGACGCCGCCGCCACCGCGAGAACCGCCCAGACUCAUUGAGGCUUCGGCUUCAGAGGCAAAGCUCUCCGAGGAGCCCGCGACGCCGACCAGCAGCCGAGACGACAUCUUCACCGCCAUUGACGCCGAGGCCGCAGCCCUUUUCGAUCUGCUCGAGAGCGUCAGCUCCAGCCCGUCCUCGUCAUCGGGCGGCGCGGACAAGAAGCGCGACCAGGGCGACGGCAAGCAGCAGCAGCUCGAAAACCUGGUGCUGUCCACCUCGAAGGUCGGCAGGGCCUGCUUCGUCACCCCGAGGGCAGGCCCGUUUGAAGGCCGGUUCGUGGCCCUCGUCACGGCCGCGGCGAACCCGCGCUACUGCCGCGACACGUCUCUGAUCCCUCCGGAGGAGCACGAGGCCGGCCGGUGGCAGGUCCACGAACUGCGGACGGCGGUGCUCGAGUGGGGAGGCGACGCGCCGCGGCCGGAUGUGUGGAUCGUGCUCCGGUCCAUGGCCCUCGAUGGCCGGGGCGAGCCGGACGCGAGACAGCUGCAGACGUGGGUGCAGAACGUGACGGAGGAGGUGGAGGAGCAGAUCUUGGAGCUGCAGCAGCUGAUUCGGCACCGGCGAGGAGACACGGCCAUGGAGAUGAUGAAGAGGAAAGAGAGGGAGGGCUUGCAAGCCGAGGAGGCCAAGGAGACGCCGACGCUGCCCGAGUCGCCAUCCGCCGAGGCGCGCAAGGAGAGCAUCGCGUGGCAAGGGCCCGGGGCGGCCGAGGAGCCGGGCAAGGAGUCCGAGUUCUUCCCGCUGUCGCUGAUGCAGCAGCUCUUCUUCCGCACCACCAUGAAGCGCAGCAUUGAGUCGGCGGCCGUCAGCGGCGCGGGCUUCCGUUUCAGCCAGAGCAUCCUGCUGCGGGUUGGGGGCGGCGGCGCCGAGCUGGCCGACAUCGAGGCGGCCAUUGACGUGCUGGCGUGUCGACAUGCCAUGCUGCGGGCGCGCUUCCGGCUGACAGGGGAUGGGUGGGCGCAGGUGAUUGCGCCGGCGGCGAGGCGGUCGUACCGGUUCGAGCACAAGUAUGCCGACGACGACGACGACGACGAUGAUUAUGAUGAUGAUGAGGCUGACAAUGGUGGCGGUGACGAUGUCGUCGAUGGCGAGGAGGUUGAGGAGGAGGAGGAUAAUGACGACAGUUUACGCGGCAGAGGCGAGAAGAGGACGAGGAGCAAGAAAAAGAACAAGGAGGAGGACGAGGGAGAAAGGGUGAAGAAGAAGGAGAAGAAGCGGCGAAGAAAGAACAAGGCGCUGCUGGCCAUCAUGGACCAGGCCCAGCGCUCGCUCAACGUCUUCCGCGGCCCCGUCUUCGCGGCGCAGCACAUCCGCACGCGCAACAACCACCAGCUGCUCUACCUGGUGGCGCACCACCUCGUCGUCGACGUCGUCUCGUGGCGCGUGCUGCUCGACGACCUGGACUCGCUGCUGCGGCACGGCACGCUGGCGUCGCCGUCGUCGCCGUCGUCGUCGUCGUCCAUGGCCUUUCCGCGCUGGGCCGAGCGGCAGAGCCUCGAGGGCAGCCAGCGCGUCGUCGACCCCGUGCUGGGCAGCAGCAUGGCCUCGUACUGGGCGCUGCAGGGCCGCCGCAACUGCUACGCCGACACGGCGCAGCUGGCCUUCUGCCUGACGCCCGACGCCGCCGCGUGCCUGGUGGCCGAGUGCAACGCCGUCUUCCGCACCGAGUCGGCCGAUAUCCUGGUUGCUGCGCUGCUGCACUCGUUCCGCCAGACGUUUCCCGACCGCCGCGUGCCGACCGUCUGGAAGCAGCAUCAUGGCCGCGACCGUGGUGGCCGUGGUGGCCGUGGUGACCGCCACGACGCGCUCGAUACCACGGUUGGCUGGUUCACCACCCUGUGUCCGCUCGCCGUGGCUGCUGCCGACGUGGAGACGGACCUCGUGCAGCUCGUCCGCCUGGUCAAGGACACGCGCUGCGCCGUCCUCGCCUCCCGCCAGGGGGGAGCCUCGCCCGCCUCGCCCGCCAGCACCUCUGCCCCCCUCUCCCCCUCGUCCUGCUGCUCCGCCUCGUCCUCGUCCGCCUCCCUGCCGACGUCCAAGUUCUCGACCUCGUCGGCCUCGCCCUCGCCCUCGCAGCCCGAGGCCAUCCCCGUCGAGGUCAUGUUCAACUGCGUCGAGACGCUGCGCCAGCUCGGCCGAGACGGCGGCAUCCUCGAGCCCAUUGCCGCCCCGGACCGCGAGUUCGAGUCCCUCGUCUCCGACAUCGGGCCCCGCGUCGGCCGCAUCGCCCUCUUCGAGGUCUCGGUCGUCAUCGACGCCGCCGGCGCCCGCGUCGAGUUCCUCUUCAACGCCCACGCCGCCCGCCGCGACCGCAUCGCCGCCUGGAUGCACAACUUCGAGCACUCCCUCCUCGAGGCCGUCGGCCGCCUGCGCGUCAUGCAGCCCCAGCUGACCCUGGCCGAUGCGCCCCUCCUCGACACGUCCUACGACGCCGUGGCCCGCCUCGCUGCCUCUCGACUCGCCGCCGUGGGCCUCGACAGCGUCGUAAACGUCGAUUCCCUCGGCCCCGUCGACCCCGUUCAGCAGGAGAUGCUCAUCGCCCAGGCCCAGGCCCCUGAGGCCUUUCACGUCAGCUGCACCUAUGAAAUCGUCCCCCUCUCCCAUGACCAGCAACAGCACCAGCCCAUCGAUCAAGCCAGGCUAGGCGAGGCGUGGGCGUCGCUCGUCGCCAUGCACGCCUCGCUGCGCACCGUCUUCAUCGAGAGCAUCUCCGAAAGGGGGCUCUUCGAUAAAGUCAUCCUCAAAAGCAUCUCUCCGUCUGUUUUGUUUGUCGACUCGUCCAAUCCCGUCGAGACGCUGGCCUCCAUCCCAGCCAUGAAGCUUCCCCUUUCCCAGCCACGACACCGGCUGUCGAUAUCCGCGUCGUCGACGCAGACUUACUUGAGACUGGAUGCCAGCCAAGCCAUUUGUGAUCCGGCGAGCAUCCACACCCUCAUAUCGCAACUUCGCCGCAUGUACGCAGGCGAGGCAAUACACCUCCUCGAAGCCCCCUCGACGAGGAGACAUCGACACAUCUCCUCGCAGGACGCCACUUACAGGCUCGAGGCAUGGGGGAUCACCCCCGGCGUCGCAGCGCCAUGUCUCUUCCCCCGGCUGGCCUUCCAGAACAGGGGCCGCAUGCAGACACGGGGCUUCGACCUGAACAUCAGCCCAGCCCGGGUGCUCGGGUUCUGCAGGGAACACAACUUGGAGCCGUCACUCUUGAUCAAGCUUUCCUGGGCGCUUGUUCUGCGCACGUUUGCGGGUGCGGACAAGAUCAGCUUCGGCUACCAGUCUCCUGGCCGAGAGCAGACGCUGCCGCCCCAUCGGCUUCAGAACAUUGGCAGCCUUGCCGCCCUGGUUCCGUGCCUGAUGGACCUCUCCAGUCCCCACCUGGUCGUCAUGGACGUCUUAAGGGGCCUGCAGGCGCUGUCGCGAGAGGCAGCCAAGAGCGAGUGCCCGACGGUGGCCGAGAUUGAGCACGCGCUCGGGCUCGCCGGGGAGCCUCUGUUCAACACGUGCGUCUCUUUCCAGGACGCGACACAAGCCUUGAGAAUCACCAACCGGAUCCAUCUCGAGUCGGCCGCCUGGCAGCCCGAGCUCGUCGCCUCGUCUGUAAACGCAAACUGCGAGCUGUCUCUGUGCAUCACCCGCCUCGGCAACCGGCUCCGCGGCGACAUCACCUACCACCAUUUCACCGCCGACCAAGCCCACAACGUCGUCAACAGCUUCGAGCGCGCCCUACAUCUUGUCCUCGACGCGCCGGCCCGGCCCGUGUCCGAUAUUGACCUCUUCACCGAGCGUGACUACAGGCAGAUCACGACGCCCGACUGGGACCCCUGCCAGACCGACACCAAAGUGUCCGCCUGCAUCCACCAGCUCAUCAUCCAGCAGGCCCGGCGUCGCCCGCAGGCCAAGGCCGUCUCGGCGUGGGAUGGCCAGCUGUCGUAUCAGCAACUCGAGGCCUCGGUGACCAAACUGGCGACGCACCUCGUCAACCUCGGCGUCGGCCCCGGUGCUCUCGUGCCGCUGGUGCUUGACAAGUGCCUCUGGUCACCCGUUGUCAUGCUCGCCGUCUUGAAAGCGGGCGGCUGCUUCGUCGCUCUUGAUGGCCAAGACGUCGCCACCGCAAUGUCCAUCAUCAGACAGCUCACGCCUCCCCUCGUUCUCGUCACUGGUCCGGCGUGGAAGCACAUCAGUCCCGCGGUAGACAACUGCGUGCUCGUCAACCAGAGCGCCCUCGCCGCGUUGCCCCCGCAAGUGUCGUUUGUCCCGCACGAGCCCAUCCCGGAGCAGGCCGCGUGCGUCUUCUUGUCCCCCGGAGCGACCAAGCCCAAGGGCAUCUUCUUCACUCACCAGUCGCUUUGCUCCAUCUUGUCGGUCCAGGGACCCGCCCUCAGCAUCUGCGACGGGAGCCGGGUCUUGCAGCUGUCGGCCUUCAACGUCGACGUCGCCCUCGUCGAGAUCUUCUGCACUCUCCUUCACGGCGGCUGCGUCUGCAUCCCCUCGGAGUCUGACAGGAUAGACGACCUCGAGGGUGUCAUUACUCACAUGAAUGUUAGCUGGUCUUACAUGACGCCUGUCCUUGCGCGCAGGUUGGAGCCUACCAAGGUGCCCAGCCUCAAGACCAUCUGCUUCAGGACAAGGAGCCUGGACCAGGAGACGUACAGCCCGUGGCUGCCCAGAACAAACGUCCUUGUCGCCUACGGAGCCCCCGACGUCUGCCCGCUGGCCAUCUCGGUCCUCCAAGUACGUGGCCCCGACGAGGCCGACGUCAUCGGUCCGCCCCUGAUGGGGCGAUUCCUCGUCCUCAACCCCAAAGAUCCCAAGAGGAUGGUGCCCAUCGGGGCCACGGGAGAGCUCGCCAUCGACAGCCCGCUGGUCACGCCUCACAGAUUCGUUCCCGGCCAGCCUCUCAUGGAUCCCGAAUUCCUGCGUGAGCCGCAGACCAAGCCAAAAUGGCGUUAUCUGAGGACCGGCCAGGUGGCGCGACACCUCGACCGUGGCCACGUCCGACUCGUCGCCAGCCGGCAAGACGAGAUCACCGUUAGCGGAACCCCCGUGUUGAUCGCCGAUAUUGAGCGGCAGAUCCGGCUGUGCCUCGCGCGCGGAGUCGACGUCGCCGUGGAGCCCAUCACGACCAGCGACUCGAUGAGCCUCUUGGCGGCCUUUCUCGAUCUGGGACGCAAGCCAGGCUGCAAGCCCUACGACCUGAACUGUCUCGGGCCGGAAGUGAAACAGAAGCUCUUCGCGGCAAGGAGAGCCGUCGAGACUUCACUGAGCAAGUCCAUCAAGGCUGAAAAGGAGCUCCCCUGGCAAUGUAUCCCGCCCGUCUUUGUUCCCGUCCGGGGGCUUCCUCUGUCCGUCUCGCUCAAAGUGAACCGGCGAAGACUGCGCAGAAUGGUGGCAUCACUGACCUAUACCCAGUUGAUGGGACUGGCCGAUGGACAGUAUACCGGUGUUCAGACGCCGCCUUUCGUCGAUAAGCCGCUGCCCCUGACCAAGACGGAGGAGUCGAUGCGGCUCAUCUGGGCGGGCGUCUUGGGGACCGCAGCGGCCGGCAUCAGACCGUCGGAUAGCUUCUCAGACGCCGGCGGCGACAAGCUGCUGGCUGCUCGCCUGGUCGUCUCAUGCCGCCAAGGUGGAUUCGAUGUCUCGAUCCGGCAGGUCCUCAGAGGCGCGACUCUGACAGACAUCUGUCGCUCCACAUACUCUGUCGACUCGGACGACGAAGACGACGCACGAGGAGGCGGCAAGGUAUCCCAUGAGCCUCGUGUCAGCGAGACAUGGGAUCGCGGGCCGUACGAGGGGCUCAUAAAGCUGGUCCUGGCGCCGCAGCUCGGCGACUCGCGGCACGACGUGCUCGAGGCUGCCGAGGCCACGUCGCAGCAGUCGCAGAGCAUCGAGUCGAGCCUGUACCAGCCCCGAGGUGACAUUGGGUGGCUGGUGCUCGACUUCGACGGCCCCGUGCGGCAGCAAAGGCUCGAGGCGGCAUGCGAAGCCCUCACAAUGGUGCACCCGAUCCUGCGCACCGCCUUUGCCGUCCACGAGUGUCGCGCGUACCAAGUCGCUGUGGCCUCGUUCCGGGCCCCCUUCCGAUACCGGUGCUGUCCGGCUCGCAGCCUCGACGGCGAGGCAGACAUGGCGAUGCAGCAGGACCGACGGCUCCCGCUACGCCUGGGCAGGCCCGUGACCGGCUUCACCUACCUUGAGGGCGGCGGCGGCAAGCAGGGCAAGCUGCUGAUGCGCUUCAGCACGGCGCAGAUGACGGAGGGCUCGGCGGCGCAGGUGGUGCAGGACCUCGUGCGGCUGUACGAGAGGCCGGACAGCGUUCCCGCGCGGCCGAGCUUCCUGCAGUUCGCGCAAGCCGCCCAGGCCGGCGCCCGGCGCAGGGACAGCGUGCGGCACUGGAAGACACGGCUCGCGGGGGCCCGGAUGACGCAGGUGGUGCCGCACCCGAGGCCGUGCGGGCCGGCGGCGGACCAGACGGCGCUGCACGAGACGGUCGACGUGGCGCCGCUGGGCGACGUGGGCAUCUGCUUCGACACGGUGCUCAAGACGGCGUGGGCCAUGGUCCUUGCCCGGCUGUCGGGAAGCGCCGACGUGGUCUUUGGCGAGCUGGUCGAGGGCCAGCGGCGGCGCACCAGGCUCGGGGCCAGGACCGACGCCCCGUCGUCGUCGUCGUCGUCGUCCCCGUCGUCCUUGUCGUCGUCCAUGGUCGGGCCCCUGGAGAACACGGUGCCCGUCAGGGUCCGCUUCCCGAGCAGGCGCCCGUCGGCAUUGCACUUGAUGCAGCUCGUCCAGCGCGAAUGCGCCUUUUCGCUGGCCCACGAGGCCCUCGGCGGCCAGGCCAUCAUCCGCGAGUGCACCGACUGGCCGGGCUGGACGCAGUUCAGCACCGUCGUCCGGCACCGAAGCCGGUUCCCCGGCGACGGGUCCGCGGCACUCAGCCUCGACAAGACGGCCUUUACCUACAAGACGGUCGAGGCGCCAGCCAGGAUUGUGCCCGACAUCGUGGCGUCGUCGACGGCCAUUGGUCCUGCGCGCGUCGCCCUCGCCCUCGAGUUCUCGGCCGGCCGCGUGCCGGGCGACGUUGCCUCGGCCGUCAUGGACCUGCUCGUCGGCGCCGUCAAGGCGCUGGCCUGUUUCGACACGCUCGGCCAGGCGACGCUGCCGUCGGCGGGCGACUACGAGAGCAAGGAGCCGCGGGUGCUGCUCGAGAAGCGCGACGUGGCGGCGGCCGAGCACGAGCCCCUGACCAGCCGCCUGGCGCCGCAGCACCGGAGCGCCCUGCACACGCUCCUCACCAAGACGUGGGCCGACGUGCUCUGCCCCGGGGGCCCCGGCGUCGAGGGUGAGCAGCUCGAGGCGUCGCGCUUCUACGACGUGUCGGGGACCGUGCUGCCGGCCUAUCUCCUCGCCGGCUGUCUCAACGUCGGGCUCGGCAGGCUCGGCAUCAGCGGCCUCGAGUCCGUCCACAUCACCCCCGGCGAGGUGAUUGCGCACCCGACCGUGCCGGCGCAGAUGGGCCACGUCGCGCGCAAGAUGCACGAGCUCGACGCCGUCCCCAAGCUCGCCAGGCGCAAGACGGUCGUGGUGCUCAGCCAAAACACCGCGUCGGCCGACGGCCCCUCGCGCCCGGCGCUCGAGGCCCACGCCGCCUCGCAGAGGAGCCGCCCCCGCGCGUGGUCGAGGCACCGCGCCAGCCUCAGCCGGGACAGCGCCGUCGAGAGGGCCGCGGAGCCGCCGCACAUCCGCUCCGUGCCCGCGCAGGGCGAGCUCGGUCGGCCGGGUGCGCCCGGCGCAGGGGGCGGCGAGCGGACGCGCCUCUUCCCGUCGUGGUCGCUGCGGCAGUAG